AUGUCUUCCAAAAGGGCUCCAUAUGUGUCUGUCCUUGUGCUUGAUCCCGCUUUUCUUUGCGAUGGGCUUCCAGUAACAGAUGCUCACUGUUGCUAUCGCCGACUUCUCGAAAGUCGGUUUCUGCGAUCAGACGCCAGGGAGCUUGUCCUGGGUACCUUGAGCUAUCCAUCAGUCUGCUGCUCUAGCUUCUCUACUUGGGGCUUGGGGCCAUUGGACAUGCCACCCCGGAUCACAAGUCGAGUCUGCGGCGACGUCUGA